AUGUCCCUAGACCCCAAGUGCAAAGAGAGAAGGGAUCGCAUAAAUACAUUGAGGAAACGAGGUAAUUAUAUAAGAAAUUCCCAAGGAUUCUUCAAACCAGUGAGGUCGCCCGUUUUGAAAGAUCGAAAUUCAUUACCAUGUUCUAAUUGCCUUGGUUUUUACUCAUCCAAAUUAUUGUAUAGGCAUAGGAAAAAAUGUGCUGGUGGAAGCACAGUAAGUGCACAAGCAGAUGGGCAGAAUAAUCUGAUCAAUAAUAUUGCUGGUCGUAUCGAUACUCGACUGAAAAAUGAAGUGUUUCCUAGGAUGCAACCCGACAAAAUUAGUAUGGAAGCAAAAAAGGAUCCACUUAUUUGUGCAUUCGGUGCACAGUCACAGUACCUAAAAAUACAUCGAGAAAAACACUUUAUAAAUGUUACUUCCAGGAAAAUGAGAGAAUUAUCAAGGCUUCUCUUGGCUUUGAAGGAAAAAGAACCUAAGAUAACCAGCUUAUUUGAUGCACUCCGACCAGAAUACAAUUUAAUUUGCGAUGCAGUCAAGUCAGUAGCAAAAUAUGGCAGCAUCAAUGAUUCAUUUGCUUCUCCAACUUAUGCGAGGAAUAUAGGAACUGCUCUGAAACAAUGCUGUGAUAUAGCAAUACUACACAACCUAACGAGCCAGAAUUCAGUUUCAUCUGCAGAAACCGAGGUGAAAUUAAAAAAUAUGAUACAUCUAUUCACCUCAAGUUGGAGAUUCGAAAUAUCUAGCCAAGCUGGAACGGACUUCAAUAUGAAAAAAUGGAACAAGAUAACAAUCGUUCCACUCGCUGAGGAUUUGAAAAUCCUCAAACAAUAUUUGAUUUCAAAAGCUAAAACUGUUAUCAGCUCGUUGAGAAGUGAUCCUCAUGAUAAAAUUGCAUAUAAAAUUUUGUUGGAAACUAUUUAUUGUAGAAUUAUUCUGCUGAAUAGAAAGAGACCGGGAGAGCUACAAAGACUUCUCCUUCAAACCUAUCUGAAUUCCGAGGCUAAGGAGGGAACAAGCAAUUAUGAAGAAUUUGAUCCGAUUGUAUCGUCAACGGAAAAAGUUCUUUUGAAAAAUUUUAAAAGGAUUGUCAUAAGAGGAAAACGAGGAGGAGGUGUUGCAGUCUUAUUCAGCAAGGAUGUGCAAGAGCACAUCGAUAUCCUACUAUCCGUAAGGAAAAACCUAGUGGAUGUGCGAAACCCAUACCUGUUCGGAAGACCUGUUCUCCCGACACCAGUUAUUGGGUAUAAGGUAUUGCAAGGGUAUGCACGGGCUAGUGGAGCAAAAAACCCUUCGGCAAUAACAUGCACAAGACUCCGCAAAUAUUUGGCAACCUUAUCUCAGCUCUUUUCACUGAAUGAGACAGAAGUAGACCAACUGGUAACCUUUAUGGGUCACACAAUAGGUGUUCAUAAGAACUCCUAUAGACUGCCAGACGAUAUUCACCAGACGGCUAAAAUUUCUAAACUUCUCCUCUUGCUAGAGGGCGGAAAUCUUCAAGAAUUCAAGGGAAAAACACUGGAUGAAAUCGGAAUCGAUCUGGAGGAAGAUUUACUGGAACAAACAAACUCCAAGGAAAGCGACGAUGACAAAAGCAACAGUGACGAUGAUAUCAUUCAAAAUUUUUCUUAUAGUGAACAGUCUCUGCCUGUUGAAAAGCCCCAGACAAUUCGAACUGGAGCAAUGGAAAUGGUAAAUGAUGAAACAAAAAGACAACCUAAGAAAAGGACAUUGGUGAAGUGGACAUCACAGCAGAAAAAAAUAGUAAAAAAAUUCUUCCAGAAACACAUAAUGAAUAAAAUUCCCCCAAAAAAGGCUGAAUGUGACCUGUUGAAGAGUAAAUAUCCAGAAGUUUUAGAAAACAAGGACUGGUUGAAAAUAAAAGUGUUCAUACAAAAUAUUUAUUCAGGGAAACAGAAGAACUGUUCUGAUGAAGAGUAA